AUGAUUUUGACCUCCGGCGCCUACGUGGCUCGGCUCUCUCUCUCUCUCUUCCCCAACCACACUCAUCUCUCUCUCUCUCUCGGCUCCUACGUGGAUCGUUCUUCUUCUUCCCCAAACACACUCAUCUCUCUCUCUCGGUCCCUCUGUCCGCGGCCGCCGCUGCCGGCGAGCGGCGCGGCUGCUCCAUCUCUCUCCUUCCCUGAACUCUCCUCUCUCACCCUCUCGCCUCUAUCCCUCUCGCUCACUCUGCCGGAAACAGGACAGCAGACACCACUAACGCGGUGCGCCGCCGCCUGUUCCUCCUCUCCGGCCACACGGCCGCCGUCUCCUACUCCCUCCUCUUCUCUCAUUCCCUCUGUCACACUCUCACACGCGCACGGACAUGGCGUAAGCCGCGCCGCCGCCCGAAAUCGAUCGGAGACGACGACAGGUUCACCGCCGCCGCUCCAUUCUCUCUCCACCACGCACCACCUUCCCCCACCUUCGCAAAACCAGAUCCGCCCCCACCAACCAUCUCUGCAGAUCCGCCGCCUCCCAGAUGCAGCAGUGGGGUUUGGGCUCGACUGCUGCUGCUCGAUUUCCGGCGAAUUCCACCACCCCCUCUGCUCUGGCCGAGAGCAGCUCUGGCUCUGCUCUGCCUCCGGCACCCGCACCAGAUCCGGCGCCCCUGCCGCCGCCGCGCCAGUCACCUCCACCCCUCGCAGAUCCGCCGCCCCAAAUCCCGAUCUGAAAAUUGGAAAUUCAAACAGGACGACGUCGUUUCACGAGUAUAGGACGACGUCGUUUCUUCACAUCGUCGCCGGUGCCAAGUCAGCUUUCAGGUGACUUAAAUGGUGCCAAGUCAGCAGUCAAAUUGGGGAUUUUCGAAAAUCAUGGAAAAAUUGAUCACGCCCUUAAGUUCAGGGAAAAUUUGAUAAAAAUCAAAGUUCAUGGUAAAUUUGGAAAUUAGGGUAUAGUUCAUG